AGUGCCUCCCCAUCGCGCACGCACGCUCGCUCGCUCCGUCGGCUCUCUCGACGAUCUGACACUUCCGUUCCCGUCUCCUAAUCGCCUUCAAAUCCCCUAGCCGUGACGCUCCCAAACUGCUCCCAAAGUAUCCAAUCACCAAACCAUCCUUCCUACGGAUCGCCCAUCUCUCCCACGUCUCGCCUUCGAUCCCUUGGAUUCGGCGGUUUUGCCGCCUCGGAAACCCUUUUUCGGCUUCCGGGGACCCGAUCUCUGCGUUCCUCUGCGAGCCGGCGCGGUGCCGAUGGCGAGCGACAACGUGGAUCUGCCGGAGGAUCUCCUCUACACGAAGUCGUCCGAGGAGGCCUGGGCAGGCAACGAUUCUCUCGCUGGUAAAGGUAGUGAUGAAAAGAAUCCUCUCAUAGGUUUUCUUGAUGCAGUAAAAGAUCAAGUGACUUCUGAAAAUAGUAUUCCACUCUCGCCCCAAUGGCUCUAUGCCAAGGCUAGUGACAGCAAGGAUACCCGCCCACCAAAUUCAGCAUCUUCUGGAACCUUGCCUGAUAUUAUUCAGAAAGAUAUGUGGCGUCUGGAUGGAUCCCAGGAUAAGAAAGAAUGGAUAAGAAAUGCAAGUGAUGUAGAUUUUAGCCGCCGUUGGCGUGAAGAGGAGAGAGAAACUAGCUUGCUUGGUAGGAAAGAACGUAAAAAGGAAGGAGAUCGAGAAACCGAGUACCGAAAAAGUGACCGCCGUCCUGACAAUAUCCUGUUGAGAGAAUCUGCUGAUUCUAGGAGUUCACCUUCAUCUGACAAGUUUUAUGAAGUUCCUAAUCGUGGUACAGGGAAUGAAAAUCGCCGUGACAGCAAGUGGUCAUCUAGGUGGGGUCCCGAGGACAAAGAGAAUGAAAUGCGGACAGAAAAGAAAGUGGAUGCAGAAAAAGAAGAUUCUCACGUUGAGAAACAGUUUUUUAUUGCCAGCUUCCGCCCCUUAUCUGGAUCUGAUUCUCGUGAUAAGUGGAGGCCACGCCAUCGUCAGGAUGUUUAUUCCGGUGGGUCAUCAGUGAUUCGUGCUGCUCCUGGAUUUGGGUUGGAAAGAGUUUCCACGGAGGAUUCAAAUGUGGGUUUUGCUCGUGGUAGGGGUAGAUCAGACUCUGUUACAGGAUUGCAAUUUGGCAGGUCAUCUGCUGCUGGCCCUAUUGGUGCAACUCCAGUAAAUAAAGCGGAGUUCCGGUAUCCCAGGGGUAAACUACUAGAUAUUUAUAGGAAGCAGAAGAUCACAGUCAUUGAUGCUACUCCUGUGAGAUUUGUAGAAGUUCCUCCGAUAACAGAAUCUAGUUUUGUGACUCCUUUGGCCUUUGUCAUACCUGAUGCUGAGGAAGAGGUUCUUCUGAAAGAUAUUUGGAAGGGGAAAGUCAUGAGCAGUGAAGCAAGUUCAAGUUGGGAAAGGAUGGCAAGGGAUAAUAAAAUUGGGAUAGGUGAUGGAGACAAAACCCUGAUUGAGAAGAAACAUGCUAGAAGGGGACCUUUUACAAAUUCUGAAGAGUUGAAUUCUGACCAUGAAGAACGAAAGGCUGUCAACACUAUGAUUAAUUUGGUGGGUUUUAAUGGUUUGACUAAAAAAAUUGCAGAUCAUGAGGUUUUUCAUGAUAAACCAGUUUCAGUCAGCAAUAUUACUAAUUCCCAGAUAAAUGAUGGUCAGAUUGAAGUAGUAAAUGUUGAUGAUGAAUCAAGUCAUGUGGAUAUUCUAAAAGAUAUCAAGUUAGAAGGACAGGAUUUAACUGUCUCUGAUUUUAAUGCUAAGCUACCCGAUGAGUCAUACCCUUUAUUUGAUUCAUCUUUUGUUGAAGCGAUUCCAAGAAUCAACAAACUUAAAAACAGCAAAGCUGAGAUGAAUCUUUCAGAACAGGGCACUCCUGAGGAGUUGAGUUUAUUUUACAUGGAUCCCCAAGGAGACAUACAGGGCCCAUUUCUCGGUGCUGAUAUCAUCUCAUGGUUUGAACAAGGUUUCUUUGGUACAGAUUUACCUGUGUGCUUAUCAGAUGCUCCUGAUGGCACACCUUUUCAGCCACUUGGUGAAGUAAUGCCUCACUUGAAACUGGAGUUCCAUUCUGGCCCUGAUAUCUGUUCUGGCGAAAAGUCCGAACCUUUGGAUGCUACAAGGAGUGACCUGGAGUCUUGUAUCCCUUCUUCCCAUGGUACUGGUGGUUCUUCCACCACAAACAAUCAAAGAAGGGCGCUAUCAUGGGAUUCUCUGGAUCAUCAUGGAAAACAUGAUGUUCCUGAAAAUGAAGCUUUCACAGAUCCCAACAAAAACAGUUUAUCUUUCCCUAGCUCAGGGACCCCACCAGGUGCAACUGGUGGACACAUCUUUCAUGAUCUUACUGGGCGAGAUGCAGAAGUUGUAUUGUACAAAGGUAGGUCCAUGAGUGACAUGGGGAAACAAUCAGGAAAAUUUGCUAAUGACCACAUUGCUCUAUCAAGGUCCCCUAAUAAUCAUCACUAUAUGGUGCCAGAGGCUGGAAAUACUAGUUUUGCCAGUGAGCACAUUCCAAGAGAGAAUAAUUUGGAUCCUUUUGGAUUAUUGUGGUCUGAGCUAGAAGGAACUCAACAGAAGCUUCCCCUUUCAUCAAAUAUUGCAGGGUCUUCUGAGAAUUUGAUUGGCAACUGUGAUUCUUCAAGAAAUUCCUUUCCAUUUGGCCUCAAUCAGACGCAGUUCAAUUUGAUCAGUGACUUCCCUAUUGGCAACAAUUCAUUGUCCAAAAACUAUAGAAGGAGCAAUAGUUUAAAUAUAAUUCCUGAUAUGUUUGAUGCAAAUAACAUGUCACAGAUUGAAGCUGAGUCAGGCCACUUUGGCUUAGAACAGCGCCUACUCUUCCAACAAUUACAGAUGAAAGAACUUCAGCAGCAAUGUUUACUGGCCCAUCAAAAUGCUGAGUUCAGUGGUACACUUUUGGACCAGGUGCAUGGACCUAUGCACCAACAUCACCAUGUUCAUCAACAACCUGUGGAGGAUCUAGAGCGUAUGUUGAAAUUUCAGUUUGAGCAGCUGCGACAUCUUGAUAUGUUGCAGCAGCAACAUCAACUGCGUCAGCAACAGACACAACUGCAUGAGCAUCAGAUUCAAUUGUUACAACAUCGUCUUCAUCAUGAACCGCAACCACAACAAUCCCAGCAGCAGAUGUAUCUUGAACGUCUGCUGCAUCGGCAAUUACUUGAAGCUGGUUUUGGAACAUCCAACAUUGAUCCUCAUGGGAUAAACAUGUUUGAUCAGGUUCGCUUUAGACAGCAGCUCUUGAAAGAGUCACAACAGUCUCACAACCUUUCACUGCAUCAUGACUCAGCUAUAGAUCAACAUAUCCAAGCAAACUUAGGGCUGAAUAUUCAACGGCAGAGUCAUAAUGGUUUAUUGGAUAUUCUAUCCCAUUCCAGUCAGAGGCAGGUGCCUCCUAUAGAACAACAAUUUCUUUUAGGGCUUCAGCUGGACCAGCUUCAGGCACAACUGUCCCCUGCUUCUACCAAGCUGUCUGCAAUGGAAGAAGAGAGACACAUAGGGGGGGUUUGGUCAGUUGGUGAAUCUGGUCAGUUUAUCAGGACUGCACUUGGUCCACACCAGGAUUUUUCUGCCAGAUCUAGCCAAUCAGAGUUUAUGCAGGCAGCCAAGGGACCAUUGUUUGAGCAGCGCAGUCAUGUUCAACCAAACAUUUUGUUUCAUGAGAGAAUGCAACGAGGGCCUUAUGAACAAGGGUCACAUCCUAUUGACAGGCUACAAAUGCAUGCAGGUACUCCUGGUCCGAACUUGGAACUCAUUAAUGCCUUAGCACGAGUACAAGGACUGGAUGCACAUGAGCAUCUUAAUCAUCUGCAUACUUCUGGUGAGGUAGGACAGCUUCCUUCUAGUGUACACUCUCAUCAGAAUCAGAUUGCUAAUGAUUUAACUGGUGCAAGCAUGGAUGUGAGUGAGAGGCACUGGUUUGAACCAAAUAGGCAGCUCUCAGCUGAUUUAAUGGAAUCCCAUUUGAAGCACUUGCCAAUAGAAGCAGAAAAGAAGAGGGGCAUUAGCAUAAGUCACUCUGUUAAGGACCCAAAUGUAUGGGCAUCAUUUGUAGGAAAUGAUGGAAGCUCAGGGCAUGAAUUGAGAGACUUGCUCCAUCAAGAAAUGCUUCUCCAAUCUCAACAGCCACUAGGAGUAUAUAGCACUCCAUCUUCCAAUGAGCAUGGGGACUCUUCUUGGCUCUAUUCUCAGCAUGGUCCAGAGCAUUCCUUUAAUCUUGACAUGGAUAGAGUGGGACUUAGUGGUUCUAUGUCUGAGGGUUCUCUUUUUUCUGAAGUAAGACAGCCACGAAACAAGCAACUGAUCAACAAAAAUCUGGAAGGUAGUGCUAAUGACAUUGAGAGCAGUAGAAGGCCCAGUUUGAGAUCUGGUUCUGCAACAUUAAUUGAACAGAAACAUUUUCUUUCAGAUACGGAUUAUAUUGAAAGAGAGAAAUUUGUGACUUCUUUGGGUGAUGCUUCCUUGCAAUCAUUUGAUUUCUACAAUUUAAAGGAGGUGGAAAAUAGGAAGAUGCAGGGUCUAAAGGGCAGUUCCAGGACUCAAUCAGCAUUGAACAUGCAGGACAGUGGGGUUAUGCAAGCAAUAGGUGGAGGUCAUGAGGAGGUUAAUGUUGACAAACUUUUUAGGCAUGAUUUAUCUAGCAAGGCUGCCAGAGGUUUGAGCUUCUACAAUUAUGAAACAGGGACUGAUAACGCUCAUAUUGAAGGGCUGGGUAAUAACAUGAUUUCUGGUGAUAUCUUGAAAGGAGAUGACAAUUCAUUCUUAGCAGAUACUUGUGAUCCUCAUUCUACCUCAUCUAUAGCAGGAUCUGACCUGGCCUCAAAGCAAUCUGCAAAGGCAAAGAAUCCUACUAAUGGAUCUUCUGAGGGAGGAUGUCUCAACUUUGGAGGUAAUUCUACAUCCCAUGUCUCAGAGACAUUGAUGUCUAACAAGAAAGACUUGAGAUUUCGUCGAACCUCUUCGAGCAGCGAUGCAGAUGUUGCAGAACCUUCAUUCAGUGAUAUGCUGAAGAGUACCAAAAAGACCAUGCCUGAUCCCGAGUCUCUAGAAGUUGUCUCAUCUGGUAAGAGUGCCAAAAAGAAAGGAAAGAAGGGCAGACAGAUUGAUCCGUCACUUCUUGGUUUCAAAGUCCAUAGCAACCGCAUAUUGAUGGGUGAGAUCCAGCGGCCAGAUGAUUGAGUAUUGCGCGUCUUCCGUAAUCACUGUCUAAUUGUUCCAUUGCAAGGCUGUACAGGUCCUCGUACAGUUUUUUUAAAUAUUUUAGAUAGUUCUUUUUUUUUUUUCACAACAGAUCAGUUGUAAAGCGGGGUUCAUAUAGAUGAAGACUCACACUGUACGUGGGGAUGGAACAAGCGUGCAGAUUUUGUAUAGACCAACAAAAUCAAUGCAAAUAGUUUCAUGAAUGCAGCUUCUUUUUUCA